AUGCGUAUCGCAAUAGCCGGUGCCGGCGACCUAGCCAAAUACCUCGUCGAAGAGCUCCUUGCCGCCUCCCAUGAAGUCGUCGUGCUAAGCCGAAGCUUAAAACCCUGGUUCGAACGCCGUGACAUCUCUUUCCGCCCAACCGACUACUCCGUCCCAUCGUUGGUCGUAGCUCUAGAAGACUGCGACGGUUUGAUCUCCGCGCUACUCGACUACUCGCUAGGCAGCGUCAUCGCCCACCUCGCCCUCUUGGAAGCCUGUCAGAAAAGCCCAAAAUGCAAGCGCUUUAUGCCUUCCGAAUACGGUGGUAACGUCGAUCUCUACCCCGAGUCACCAGAGUUUUACUACGCCAACCAUGAGCCCGUGCGGCAGGCGUUACGCGCCCAGAAGGAUGUCAUGUGGACUCUUUUCAAUAUGGGCUGGUUAUCUGACUAUUUUGUGUCGGCGGGCUCGCGGUAUAUCAAGGAUAUUGGUGAUUUCCACCCCGUCAACUUUGAGACGGGCGUGAUGACCAUCCCGGGAACGGGCGAGGAGUCGAUUUCUUUCACUGCCGCGCGUGAUGCGGCGGCGGCGAUGGCGCGCCUGAUUGACCAAGAUAAUUGGGAGGCGACUACCUUUGUAUGCGGCGAAACGACCACUUGGAACGGCGUUGCAAAGUUGCUGGCCAGGCACGGAAGGGACUUGAAGGUCCGUUAUGUAUCCCUUGAUAGUCUGCAGGAUUGCAUCAAGCACGGCCGAUCGGGUGACGAUGAUGUCAUUGCGGCGCAAUAUGCCGAGUUCUCUUUGACUGGUGGAGCUAUCUUGCCGCAGGAAAAGGUAGAACGUCAAAAGGAGCAAUAUUUCAAGGGCGUGAAGAUUCGAUCAGUGGAGGAAGUGGUACUGGCAGCAGAACAGAGCCCGUGGACUAUUGUCUAG